AUGUAUGUAUCCACUCCAUGCAGACGUAUUGAAGAGCUUCUUUCAACUCCUUUGCCCGAACACUGGUACGCAGUAGACCAAAUUCCUGCUCUUGGAGACGGUUCCCGCCCUCUAGCUAUUUCCGUAAAUUCGUCACAAUCACACUCUGGUGGAGUUUCCCUGACUUUCAGCUCUACUACUACUACAACGACUUUAACAGUGACUUCUUCCAGCUUUAUGCCUAGCCGAGGCAUGAUUAGACAACAAGCGACAUCCUCAUCCUCACUCUAUGCUUCCGCUACUGAGAAGCUUAGAGACGAAGCGGAGGCAAAGCGGAGUCAUCAGGUUUUUCAGCCCAUAAAUCGCUUAUAA